UAGGGCCCUCCCCCCAACUUAUGAUUUUAUAGCCAAUAGGUGAUGAGGUUUAUUUGCAUAUUUCCAGUCACAUAAGCAGCCGUGGAGUGGAAACAGUGUCAGACUCAAUUCCUCCUCCUCUUCCUCCUCCUCAGAGGAAAUCUGCCCCUUCUAGCUGCCCUACCCUCCCCUUUAAAGGGCGACUUGCUCUGAGCUCCACCGCGGCCCCAGCCUUCUCCCGCCUCCUGCUCAGCCCGUGCAUCAGCCCGUCGGCGCACCAGCCCGCGCCGUGCAGCUUCCACAGAAGGACGCCCGGAGAUGGAGGGGAAAGCACUGCUCCUGGUGGUCCUGGGCUUGUGGCUCCAGAGUCUGACCGCCUCCCGCGGAGGGGUGGCCGCCGCCGACGCAAGAGAGUUUAAGGACAUCGAAAGUAAAUUUGCCCUCAGGACUCCUGAAGACACAGCUGAGGACACUUGCCACCUGGUUCCUGGAGUGUCAGAGUCUGUGGCCCACUGCCACUUCAACCACAGCAGCAAGACCUUCGUGGUCAUCCACGGCUGGACGGUGACAGGGAUGUAUGAGAGUUGGGUGCCCAAACUUGUGGCUGCCUUGUAUAAGAGGGAACCAGACUCCAACGUCAUCGUGGUGGACUGGCUGUCGCGGGCCCAGCAGCAUUAUCCGGUGUCUGCAGGCUACACCAAGCUGGUGGGAAAGGAUGUGGCCAGAUUUAUCAACUGGAUGGAGGAGGAAUUUAAUUACCCCGUGGACAACGUCCAUCUCUUGGGAUACAGCCUUGGAGCCCAUGCCGCUGGCAUUGCAGGAAGUCUGACCAAUAAGAAAGUCAACAGAAUUACUGGCCUGGACCCAGCUGGACCUAACUUUGAGUAUGCGGAAGCUCCSAGCCGCCUUUCUCCUGAUGAUGCGGAUUUUGUAGACGUCUUACACACAUUCACCAGAGGGUCUCCGGACAGAAGUAUUGGGAUCCAGAAGCCAGUAGGACACGUUGAUAUUUACCCCAAUGGAGGCACUUUUCAACCAGGAUGCAACAUUGGGGAAGCUAUUCGUGUAAUUGCAGAGAGAGGCCUUGGAGAUGUGGACCAGCUGGUGAAGUGCUCCCAUGAACGCUCCAUUCAUCUCUUCAUCGACUCCCUGUUGAAUGAAGAAAACCCGAGUAAGGCCUACAGGUGCAACUCCAAGGAAGCCUUUGAGAAGGGACUCUGCCUGAGUUGCAGAAAGAACCGUUGCAACAAUCUGGGCUACGAGAUCAAUAAGGUCAGAGCCAAAAGGAGCAGCAAAAUGUACCUGAAGACUCGAUCUCAGAUGCCCUACAAAGUCUUCCACUACCAAGUAAARAUUCAUUUUUCUGGGACGGAGAGUAAUACGCAGACCAACCAGGCCUUCGAGAUCUCUCUGUAUGGCACCGUGGCUGAGAGUGAGAACAUCCCCUUCACCCUGCCUGAAGUUUCCACCAAUAAGACAUACUCCUUCCUGAUUUACACGGAGGUGGAUAUUGGGGAGCUGCUAAUGAUGAAGCUCAAGUGGAAGAGUGAUUCCUACUUCAGCUGGUCAGACUGGUGGAGCAGCUCCCGCUUCGCUAUUGAGAAGAUCCGAGUGAAAGCAGGAGAGACUCAGAAAAAGGUGAUCUUCUGCUCCAGGGAGAAGGUGGCUCAUCUGCAGAAGGGGAAGGGAUCCGCAGUAUUUGUGAAGUGCCAUGACAAGUCUCUCAAGAAGUCUGGCUGACACUGGAAAAGUCCACAGAAAGAAGAACACAAGAAUUCUGUGAAGAAUGAAGCAAAUGAAGUAAAUUUUACAAAAGAUGCCCAGUGUUUAAAAGUGGGUGUUUAAAAGUGGACUUGUCCUAAAAAAGUAUUAAUCCAAAGCUAUAUCCUUGUUAGUUCAAUUAGGAAACAGUCUCAAAAUACAGUCUAAAAAAGUGGCUAAUUGAAUUUGAGGCCAAAUUGCUCAUCUUGCUGUGCUAAGACAGUACACGUGAAAAGCACUGCAUUCUACCCUCUGAGAAGGAACAAUUGUCCCUGUGUGUAGUAAGAUAAGGCUCCUUCAGGUGGUGCGUUGGCCAUAGUCUAAAAUUAGUUAGACCCUCCUAUUUUAAUUAGAAUUCUGGAUUUUUUUGGACUGAGGCCUUUUCAAACUUUUCUCCAAGUCUGAAUAUAGAAGAUGGUUCCCUGUGGCAUGAGUCAGAUCUGUUUAUUUAGCAGUCAAAACACCUGAUCUUUUGGAAUAUUUCUCUUGCCAUUGGGAUGUGGCCCAGGAGUUAACCAGGGAAAUGCGACUUGGAGAGGAACAGAGAAUGGGGCUGAUAAAGUCCUAAGCCUUGGCCCAACUCUUGGCUUGCAUCAUGACAAAGUUAUAAGCAAAACAUACAAAGUUCAGAUCCAUUAAUUCUUUAAUAGAUUUUUAUAUUUUAUUGCUUAAUCUCUGUUCCUUUUUUCCUUUGUCUUAAUAUUAUAUUUUUACAAUGUUCUCCAAAAACAAACCAACAAUCCUCAGCUGACACAGAAUUUGGUGCAGAAAGAAAACAAUACUAUGAUUUUAUUAUCACAUUUUUCAGAUUAUUUUCAUCAAUUUGAAAUCGUUUCCUAUCUGAUGGCUGCUAUUGAGAUUUGGGCUCAUCUCAGUCAUGCCUCAAUCAUACUUGAAGCAUGAAAAAACUUUCAUUUCUGGCUUAGAUGUGUUAAAAAUUCAAAUUUUGUGUCACGUGAACUGCAAACCUUAAACAAAAAUUGUUUUUCUUAAGUAUCAAAAGGUGGAAAAGUUACCGGGUUAUAUGCAUAAGCAGUGCUUAUAAACCAUUGAGUGCAAGAAAGAGAAUCCUUGAUUGUUGUCACCAUAUGAAGUGCCAGGAGUAUUGUUAUCAUUGUUUUUUUUUUUUUAACAAUGAAUCAAGAGUGAGUGAACAAUUAUUUAUGGACUAGAUCUCAUAUCUUCUGAAUGCUUUUCUGUGUAUUAUAAAAUGAUUAAGAAGUCAGAUAUGUUGGAGGUUAUUGCUGGGAACCCAAACUGUGAAAGUGUGUGGGUAAAUGAACACAUGCCUAUAAAGCCCCACCUGUGUGUCUGUCAUGCAGUGUGAUUUGGAAGGUGAACAGUCAAGGACGGUAUUAGAACAUGUCAGAGUAGAAAUAGUUCCAGAUGCACCAGAAUGUCAUCCCUCUAUUGGAGAAAGAUAUUAUGCCUAAAUAAUGUAGGACAAAUGUUGUGAUUGACUACAUCAGGCUUGGAAUGAAUUCUAACAAUAAAACAAUGUAUGAUUGGUCACUGGUAUCCCCCUUUAUUGCUAAUUCAUUGAUUUUUUUUGGAUUUGGGUUUUAAUCAAGGGUGCAUAAACGUAAAAGAUUGAGCAAGUCCAUGCAUGGCUUGGGAACUCUGCUUCUAAAGAUUUGCUAUAUAUAUAAUAUAUAUAAAUAUAUAUCAAUGAUGCUUUGCCUUUAAAUUUUAUUUAUGAGCUGUAAAUAUAUGUGUGGAUGUGUACAGGAGUGUGUACAUAUUGGAAAGGUCAUUGUGGCUACCUGCAUUUAUAGAUUUGUAGAUGUGUGGUGCUAACUUUAUACGUGUCUGAUUAGUGAACCAACUC